AUGAAUAAUAGUUAUUUUAAUUUUAAUUCAAAUGUAAAAAUUCCUUCAUCUACAACAGAAUUUUUAGAUAAAGGAUAUUGGGAUACAAUGGAAGGCCAGGCUAUAAUAACAGCUAAAAGAUGGGCAAAAGAUAUUUUGAUAAGCUUAACCUCAGUUAUACUUCUUGUCACAAUAAUUAUAUCAAUCUCCUGUAUAAGAGCAUAUAUCAAAUCACGUAAUGAUGCUUUAACUCAUGAUCCUGAAGAUCGAUGGGUAAAAUCUAUGUGUUUAGAAAGUAAAAUACCAUUAAUGAAUUCACAUUUAUUUGAAGAACAAAAUAAUAUACUGAUAUUAAAAGUUAGUGAAAAUGAUGAUGUUAAAGAUUUGUUAGAUAAUAUGAAAAAAAUUGAAAGCAAUCAUAAAAAUGGGACUGUUGUAGAAUUGACAACUGAAAUUGAACGGUAA